GAGACCAGAGAAAGAGAAACUAGGGAGAGAAAGCACUGAAACGACCUCUCGUUCUCUUCGCUUUCUCUUCAAUUCCCCGAUCUGUGAAAUUCAUUAAUCUAUCAAUCUCAAAAAGAUUAUGCAAUCAUGUCAUCGUUAAGCAGAGAACUUGUGUUCCUCAUACUUCAAUUCCUUGAUGAAGAAAAAUUCAAAGAGACAGUUAACAAAUUGGAGCAAGAGUCUGGGUUUUUCUUCAACAUGAGGCAUUUUGAGGAUAUGGUGACAAGCGGAGAGUGGGAUGAGGUGGAGAAGUAUCUGUCUGGCUUCACAAAGGUUGAUGAUAACAGAUAUUCCAUGAAGAUCUUCUUUGAGAUUCGAAAGCAGAAGUACCUUGAAGCUCUAGACAAGCGGGAUCGUGCCAAAGCAGUGGAAAUUUUGGUCAAGGACCUGAAGGUGUUUGCAGCAUUUAAUGAGGAUCUCUUUAAAGAAAUAACACAUCUGUUGACAUUGGAUAACUUCAGAGAAAAUGAGCAGCUCUCAAAGUAUGGAGAUACCAAGUCUGCUAGGAGUAUAAUGCUUGCUGAACUAAAAAAAUUAAUAGAGGCCAACCCCCUAUUCCGUGAUAAGCUUCAGUUUCCCAGCUUGAAGAAUUCAAGGCUACGGACACUAAUAAAUCAGAGUUUAAAUUGGCAGCAUCAGCUUUGUAAGAAUCCAAGGCCUAAUCCUGACAUAAAAACCUUAUUUGUAGACCAUAGUUGUGGACAACCAAAUGGUGCACGGGCUCCAUCCCCCGUCACCAAUCCCUUAAUGGGUGCUGUACCAAAGGCAGGGGGAUUCCCACCUUUGAGUGCUCAUGGUCCUUUUCAACCCACACCUGCUGCUCUUCCAACUUCUCUGGCUGGAUGGAUGGCUAAUCCAUCUCCUGUGCCUCACCCCUCAGCUUCUGCAGGACCUAUUGGAUUGACUGCACCAAAUAAUGCAGCUGCAAUCUUAAAGCGACCGAGAACUCCACCUGCCAAUAACCCAGCUAUGGACUAUCAAACAGCAGAUUCUGAACAUGUCUUGAAGAGAGGCAAGCCCUUUGGGUUAUCUGAUGAGGUCAACAAUCUGCCAGUAAAUAUUUUACCGGUUGCAUAUGCCAGCCAGACCCAUGGUCAAAGUUCUUAUUCUUCAGAUGACUUGCCAAAGAAUGUUGUUAUGAAUCUAAGCCAGGGCUCAGCUGUCAAGAGCAUGGAUUUCCAUCCAAUGCAACAAAUUUUACUUCUUGUUGGAACAAACAUUGGAGAUGCCAUGGUGUGGGAUUUAGGAAGUCACCAAAGGAUAGCACAAAAAAGUUUUAAGGUCUGGGAACUUUCAUCAUGUUCAAUGCCUUUGCAGGCAUCUCUUGCCAAUGAUUAUACGGUAUCAGUCAACCGUGUGAUGUGGAGCCCUGAUGGAACUCUGUUUGGUGUUGCAUACUCUAAGCAUAUUGUGCACUUGUACUCCUACCAUGGUGGUGAUGAUCUGCGAAACCACUUAGAGAUUGAAGCUCAUGUUGGCAAUGUUAAUGAUCUUGCAUUCUCUUAUCCAAACAAACAAUUGAGUAUCAUCACCUGUGGAGAGGACAGGCUGAUUAAGGUGUGGGAUGCAGCUACUGGAACCAAGCAGUUUACUUUUGAAGGUCAUGAAGCCCCUGUUUAUUCUAUCUGUCCUCAUCACAAGGAAACUAUUCAGUUUAUUUUCUCAACAGCAACAGAUGGGAAAAUAAAGGCAUGGUUGUAUGAUAAUAUGGGCUCAAGGGUUGACUACAAUGCACCUGGCCAUUCAUCUACAACAAUGGCAUACAGUUCCGAUGGAGCAAGAUUGUUCUCAUGUGGGACAAAUAAAGAUGGGGAAUCACACCUGGUGGAAUGGAAUGAGAGUGAAGGAUCUGUGAAGAGGACCUAUCAUGGUCUUGGGAAACGGUCUGUUGGAGUUGUUCAAUUUGAUACCACUAAAAAUCGGUUCCUGGCUGCUGGUGAUGAGUUUGCCAUCAAAUUCUGGGACAUGGACAAUCUUAAUCCAUUGACAAGUAUUGAUGCAGAUGGUGGUUUACCGGCUUCUCCUUGCAUUAGAUUUAACAAGGAAGGAAUCCUGUUAGCUGUCUCAACAGAUGACAAUGGAGUUAAAAUUCUAGCGAAUGCCGAAGGGAUUAGGUUGCUACGGACAAUGGAGAGUCGUAUAUUUGAUCCUUCUAGAGUUCCUCCAGGAUCUGUACUAAAGGUUCCAGCUAUUGGCACAUUUGGAUCUACUAAUGCAACUGUUGGAACAAGUAUUGGAGAUCGGUCUGCUCCAGUAACUGCAAUGGUUGGAAUGUCUCUGCAGAGCACUGAUAAUCGAAAUGUAGUUGACAUAAAACCUAGAAUUGCUGAUGAGUCAGCAGAAAAAUCUAGGAUUUGGAAACUUACAGAGAUAAAUGAAUCAUCACAAUGCCGCUCCCUCAGGCUUCCUGAUAAUUUAACAGCAAUGAGGGUUUCUAGGCUAAUCUAUACAAAUUCUGGACUUGCCGUUUUAGCAUUAGCAUCUAAUGCAGUACACAAGCUCUGGAAAUGGCCAAGAAAUGAUCGAACUCUGAAGGCGACAGCUAGUAUAAUGCCACAAUUAUGGCAACCUGCUAGUGGAAUAUUAAUGACCAAUGAUAUAAGUGAUUUAAAUCCAGAAGACGCUGUUCCAUGCUUUGCACUCUCAAAGAAUGACUCCUAUGUGAUGUCCGCUUCUGGGGGUAAAAUCUCCCUAUUCAAUAUGAUGACAUUUAAGACAAUGACAACAUUCAUGCCCCCACCACCAGUAGCUACAUAUCUUGCGUUUCAUCCUCAAGACAAUAAUAUCAUUGCUAUUGGGAUGGAUGAUUCCUCCAUCCAAAUUUACAAUGUUCGGGUUGAUGAGGUGAAAACAAAGCUAAAGGGCCAUCAGAAAAGAAUAACAGGUCUUGCCUUCUCACACACUCUUAAUGUGCUUGUGUCAUCAGGAGCUGAUGCUCAGCUUUGUGUCUGGAGUACAGAUGGAUGGGAGAAGCAAACUAGUAAGGUCUUGCAAAUCCCAACUGGGCGAGUUGCAUCUACCAUUGCUGAUACCCGGGUUCAGUUUCACCUGGAUCAGAUACAUUUGCUGGCAGUUCAUGAAACGCAGAUUGCUAUAUAUGAAGCAUCAAAACUAGAAUGCCUAAAGCAGUGGUUCCCUCGAGAAGCAAGUGGUUCAAUAACAUGUGCUACAUAUUCCUGUGAUAGCAAAUCAAUAUAUGUGAGCUUUGAAGAUGGAAGUAUAGGUGUUCUUACUGCUUCACACCUAAGACUGAGAUGUCGAAUAAAUCCUGCUGCCUAUCUACCUCCAAACCCAAGCUUGAGAGUUUAUCCUCUUGUCAUUGCGGCACACCCAUCCGACCCUGAUCAAUUCGCAUUGGGACUUACUGAUGGUGGAGUCCACAUACUUGAGCCAUUAGAGACAGAAGGAAAAUGGGGCACUUCUCCUCCAGUUGAAAAUGGUGCAGGGCCAAGUACCACUUCCGGUGCUACUGGUUCAGAACAACCUCAAAGGUAACAAGUCCAUAUGCCAAGUGCCUUGAGCACAUAUCUCUUGGAUGUUGUCCAGCUUCCUGGUCCCACCUUAAUGUGAUUUUCGAUGGGAAGCUGUGGAAUUUAGUUUUAAAGCUCAAUAUAGUUGUUUUGAAGCGGCAUGACAAUUGCUUGUAGCCUUAGGCAUGAUUGUUAUUUGGUUACCUUUACCGGCGUUAUGCCAAUUUGUGGUGUACAUGUGGGAGUAAGUUCAUGGUGGAAGGUGGACAUCUGACUAUAGACUUGAAAAAGGAAAUGAUCAGACAAUUUGUUGGUUUAGCUGGGAAAGUUGUUAUUCAAUUAUUUCUUUAAUUUUACAGUAAUCGUGAUUGUUUAAUAAUCAACUUUUUAUAGU